CCCAAAUUGCAAACUGUGACCUGACAGGGAUUCAGCUUUUCAGAAUUUCAGCUGAUUCUCGGCAAAAGACUUUCACUAUGCUGGCCGUAGAUUCCGCAACUCCCGCCAACUCGCUUCCACUGAAGCAGGGAUGGGUGCUCAAGAAAGGCGGGUCGGGGUUCCUAGCCCAUUGGCGACUAAAAUACCUGGUGCUCGUCGGCUCUCCGGACUCGUACGGAUCGCCAAUGAAGCUGCUGGUGUACGACCAGGUCGACCAGUCUCGCCCGCCGAAACAUGAGAUUGCUUUGAGGGAUGCUUCGGUUGAUGAGUUGGCGGGACCCAAGGUUGCGAGUGUGAAGAAGGGAGCGGCGCCGUUUCUUAUUGUGGACAAGAAGCGGAAGUUCUACUUUGCUGCACAAACCCGCGGUGACCGCGACGACUGGUUCGCCAUCCUCAAACCCGCCCCACUGAAGCCUCGCCACCCCUCAGCAGCCGGACAGCGCCGGGCAACAAUCAGCGGCCGCAAUCAUUCGUCACGCCCCGGUCUCUCCCCAACUCUGCGGAGAUCCAAUUCGUCACUCCGAUAUCGCUCGUUCAGUUGUCAGCGCGACGACGAUGCCAUGUCGACGUGCAGCUUUGAGACCUCGGCGAGUGGAAUGGAUCCAAUGGAUAAUAGCGAUGCGGUUUCCGUGUAUUCAAUUGCGAGCUCGAGGGGAAAUAGCUCGACGCUGGAUGAUGGGCGGUCCUCUGUCGCGAGUUCGAGAUUCGAGACUUUGUCCUUCUGCUCCGAGCCGGUCUUGACACCGCAAGAGCUAACGUUGAUGGGCAACAGUAGUGCCGUUUCAUCGAGCUACAGACAUGAAGAAGGCUUCACUUUCCGGGAUGCAUUCCGUCGUAGAAGAGCUCCGAUAAGUCAGCCGGAGGCGUAUCUGGAGACCCAGCAACCCGCAUGCGGAGAAGCGUGGAAUGAGCGAUAUCAGGCUGUGCUUUCAACCCGCUGCGAGACCGAGGAGGCUGCUCUUCAGCAAGACAUCCAACUGCAAGAAGUCAUCGGCCAAUUCCAAGAAACCGCCCAGCAGAUCGCAAAACGGAUGAUCGAUGACUACCACCUCCAACUAUCUUCUGGCAAAAACGGAUCGGUCACUCGACCUGUGACCCCGCACAACAGCGGCAUGGAGAGCAUGUCAUCGCUGGAUGCUUUUACGCAGUGUUUGAACAUUGGGAAGCAUGGAGAAGUUGUGCAGGAUGGGAUUAUCUUGAGGUUUGCUAGUAACUACGAUGAAGCGACCCCGGAACAAGUCCAACUCAUCCACCGCCAAACCUCCAGCGAGCUCGUAGCAAUCGACGCCCUCACCCGAGCCUCUUUCGCAUCCCACUCCACACCCCAUCUGCACACCGUACUGAUGGUCUUGAUCGACUACAAAGGCUUCCGCGUCGUUGCCUACGCCGACAUGGGCGAUCGCGAGACAGAGCGGGCCAUGUCGGUGCAUGAUCUGUCGCGAGACCCGCCGAGGACGGAUGAGAGGGCGUUGGAGAGGUUGAUGAGUGUCGGGCAGGCUUUGAAUUUGAAGAGCCAUGUGGUGCGAGUUGGGGAUGAGAGAAGGAUUGCAUGCGCGUUGGCUAAGGAUGUUGAGGUGCAUUUCAACCCCGCCUCCAAAAUCUACUACGCCUCCAACCUGCACAAAAUCUUACCCGCCGACCAUCACCCCGCGCAAGACAACAACAGCAUCGCCAACCACCCCCUCUUCUCGCGCGUCCUCCGGCCGGAAUUCUUCUCCAUCUACGAGCAUCCGCUCACGCCCGACGCCUUCACCAUGUCCUCCGGCGCCACGCGGCGCGAGCGGGAAACCAAUGAUGGCGAGGUCGCCAGGGCGGUGAAACAUCUGCGGGAGGUGGUAGUGCCGGCGUUUGUGGCCAGGCUGGACGCGUUGGAUGUCAGAGUGGUGGAUUCGAGGGGGUUGGUGGGGGAGAUGCACAGUGCGGGGAUCAAUGUGCGGUAUCUGGGCCAUAUCGCCCGACAAUCAACCCUCCCCUACAUCCGCUCCUUCGCGCAAGCGGAAAUGUGCGCCCGCGCUUUCAAAUCACUUUUCCAGGCCCGCAUGCGCGCCGCCAUCGUGCACUUCAAAUCCGUCGGCGCGACCAGCAUCGACGAGGAGAUGAAAGCGUACGCUGUAGGCAUGUUUGGCACGCUACUCGGCGCGGAGGAGAAGGGCCGCAAGUUCUUCCAGGAACGACUGAAGGAGGAGAUUUUGCGGAAGUUUGAUUAUUUACUGGAGUGGAGUGCGUUUGUGCAGUUGCAUAAACCGGCGCUGUUUUUGGCGAUGCAGCAUCAUUGUGGAGUCGUCUUCGAAGACACAACCGACUACGACUUCACCUCCCCGACUCCCAUCCCUCGCACCUCCUUCUCCCACUUCGCAGCCCGCAUCAAACAACCCGCCGGCCUCGCGCGUCUCCGCCAGCCCAGCACACCCGACAGGACAACCGGGCCUUCAGAAGAUGACCGACUAGCAUACCACCUCGCGCGGCACUUCAAAUCCCUCGGUCCGCGCUCCAAACUCGCCCGUCUUGAAGGGUCCGCGGCCGCAUUAUCCCAGAUCGCCGCCCAUUACAACGCGACAAAACGGUACGAGGAGGCCAGACUGUACGCUCAGGCAUCCCUAUCGGCCGCGGCGCGGAACUCGUGUCUCGCCGGACUGGCGAUGGGGAUUCUUAUCGAGGCGAUCGCUGCUGGCGGCAGCGGGUCGGCUUUUGCACCGACGGCAGGGAAACUGGCGAAGGAGGAUGAAGACCGGGUGAUGGAACUGUACCGGCAGGCGGUGGAGGUUGCGUUGUGGCAUUGUGGGGAUAACCAUCCAGCGGUGAUGGGGCUGCAUGAUAAGGUCGCGGGUGUGUUUGAGCGCCUGGGGAAGUUGGAUCGGGCGGUGGAGUUUUAUGGGAGUAGUUUGAGGGUUGCGGAGAAGACGUUGGGGAAGAACCAUCUUGUUACGGCUGGGUAUCUCGUUAAGAUGGGCACCCUCUCCCAACAACUCCAAAACCCCACCGACGCCUGCCAACACUUCACCGACGCCCUGCACCUCUACCAAGGCCUUUCCGCCCCGCUGCCCCUCGUCGCACACCUCCACCACCACUUUGCCCUUCCCCUCGCAGACCGCGGCGACCUCGACGCCGCCAUCACGCACGCCCAACGCGCCCGCCGCAUGUUUGAAAAAACCUUCGGCCAAGCCGACCCGCGCACCGUCGAAACCUACCGCCUGGUCGCGAAGUUGGUCUUGACCCCUUACGCGCGCUACGAGGGCGUGCUGACACCCGUCAUCCGCGCGGCUUAUAAAGAGGCCGUUGGGUGCUAUGAGAAGAUCUUCCGGUUUGUCAAAUCCGCCACUUCCUCUUCCUCAUCAUCACGAUCAAGCACGGCGGGUGGUUCAUCAGCCUCGUCCUCAACAUCCUCCCUAACCUCCACCACACCGCGCCGCCCACCCACCCUCGCCCCCCUCAUCCCCCCGGCACCAGCCGCCACCCACCCACCCCCACCCCCCCUCCUCGGCACCACCUCCUUCCCAACCCCCAUCUCCGGGCCCCUAAUCACGCCCACCGCCCUCCACUCGCUCCCCACGCACCCCCGCAGUCUCCUGCACACGCUAACCCGCCAAAUCAUCUCCCUAAAACUACGCCUAAUUGAAUCCCCGCAACACCGCGAGAUCGUGCGGAUGCUUCGCGCCAACAACAAGGAUCGGGUGUUGAGCGCGCAUGAAGCUAGGGGCGUGGUGUUGAGACUUGCGGCGAUUAGCCCGAGUGUCUAUUUGGAUGGCGUGCUAGGGCGGAUUGAGGAGGGGGAUCGGAGUGCGGUGGAGGAGUUGGGGUGUGUGUUGGGGUUGACCGAGGGGGAGGUUGUGGGGGUUGAUGCGUAGAUUGCGGGAUGGAGGGAUUGAUUAUAGAUGACGGGCAUUUUUUCUUCUGCCUUUUAUUACGUUCUUGAUCUUAUCCCGUGUGGGUAUCUCUUCCAUGAUGUUUCGUUUCAGUCUUCAUCUCACGCCCGGCUCGGUUUUUUCCCGGCUUCACUAUUUUAAUGGCC